GCUUCGUUUUACUACUGAACGCUACAAAAACCGCACGAAAGCAUCGGUUAAGUAUACGCACUGGCGGUCAGUGAUGUAAAGUAAUAUUUAAGUGACAUAUUGGAAGAUGGAGUUCAUAUUAAUACUGAAUUUCAAGUGAGAAGUGAACAAUAUUACUUUGUUAGUAUAGAAUUGUAAAAAAUUGUGAAUUUGUAAAUGGAUCAUUUGUGAUGGUCUCAUGAAACAAAACGCAAGCUAAAUUCGGCUGCUAAUUAAACAAAAAAAUAAUUUUAACAGUAAAAAAUGAAAAAUAAAUAAUUGUCUUUAGAAACAUCUUUCGGUUUUUAAAUGCAUAAAUCAUACCGGUGUUCCAAAUGAUAAAUAUAAUAUAUGAAAACGUAAAUAGAAUAUAAAUGACAGAAAAAGGGUGCCUUUGAAAGGAUUCCGCCUGAAUUCAAAUUCAAUUUAAUUAAAAUUUUUAUAAGGCAACUUUAAAAUCAACAUUGUCGGUCGCAAAUUCUUUCUGAAUAAAACGCAGAAUAACAAACCCAUCGCCGGCAAUGAAAGAAUAAUGUCGAGAUGUGAAAAUUUAAAAAUUAUUGUGCAAAUAGUAUGCGAAUAUAAGUGGCUCCAACUACUACUUACCGUCUAGAAAAGGCAGUAUGUGAUCUACGUUUGUUUAACCAACAGGAUGAAGUGAGAGAGAUGAGGAAUAUACACACGUUUCCAUUUACCGUGUUGCCAGUAGAUCUACCUUAUUUAGCUAAGGGUACUUGUUUUGACCUAUUUUGAAGUGUAUAAUGCAAUUGAAUGUCCAAAACAAUUAUUUGUGUAAACGAAAAUGGUUAUAAGUGAAAAUUUAGAAUAAUAUGGAACAUGGGUUUAACCCUCAGGCUUGUCUGGGAAAUUGACUACAUUCAUUUGCCGCUCAAAAGAUAAAUAAGAGUUUACGUUGAAGUGCUGCAUGUUCCAGUCAGACAUUAAAAAUGCUUUAGAAACACUUGUGAAGAUUUCAGAAAUGGGAUUCGAAAACUCGAAAACCAUUUCAGAGGAAGAACGCAGCAUGGACGACAAAUUGGUGUGUGACGAAGUACAUUUACGUACAUUAAGCCAAUCACCUUUGGCGCUGCAAUGCCAACAACAACGUAGACAGAGUAAUCAGAGCACACAGAGUACAACAAAAACCAUAACACCAAUUCAAAGACGGCGCUGCUCAGGCGGAAAUGCCAUAACUAUAAGCAACGAAUUUGAGCUUCCAGGACCUCCGCUGGCUCAGCACGAGCUACUCGAUGAUGACGGAGACGAUGACCCCAAAUGCCAGCGAAUCAGUGUGAAGAAUCCCACAACCAUUUCACUAACACUUGAUAUAACCGAUAACGGUGAUAGCGGCGUAGGUGGCGACGAUGAAACCGACUGUGGUCUCAGUAAUCCCGCAGUACAAACUGAGGACAAUGACGGAGUUAUAAUAGCAGAAACACAUAAUGAGGAUUUAAUUGACUCGAGCAUACUGCGUGUGAAGCACUUGCCCAACAUGUUUAAGAUACCACGGCUCCCUGGCGAUGGCGCACAUUCAGUGGAUGAUCAACGCACAGCCAAAUCAUGCCCAUCCGCCACACCGUCCAUCCAUACGCAUUGUAGAGCAGAGAAUGAACCUCGGACCAAAAAGACGCACAGAAAGCUGCAGCAUAUUUGGCAAGACGAUCAAUUAUGUUCAGAGGAAGAACGCAGUGUGGACGACAAAUUGGUGUGUGACGAGGUACAUUUACGUACAUUAAGCGAAUCACCUUUGGCGCUGCAACGCAAACAACAACGUAGACAAAGUAAUCAGAGCAUACAGAGUACAACAAAAACCAUAACACCAAUUCAAAGACGGCGCUGUUCAGGCGGAAAUGUCAUAACUAUCAGCAACGAAUUUGAACUUCCACGACCUCCACUGGCUCACCACGAGCUACUCGAUGAUGACGGCGACGAUGACCCCAAAUGCCAGCGAGUCAGUGUGAAGAAUCCCACAACCAUUUCGCUACCACUUGAUAUAACCGAUAACGGUGAUAGCGGCGUAGGUGGCGACGAUGAAACCGACUGUGGUCUCAGUAAUGCCGCAGCCCAAACAGAGGACAAUGAGGCGUUUGUAAUAGCAGAGACACAUAAUGAAGAUAUAAUGGACUCGAACGCACUGCGCGUGAAGGUGGUAACCAUUGCUCACAAGCACAGUUCAGUAGGAACUGUCCAAUAUGUCGAAGAUACCCUCUCUGGCGAUUGAAAGUGGAUGGUCAACGCACAGUCAAGUCAUACCCCUCCGCCACACCGACCAAGUCAGGGGCCGUCAUUUCGAAGCGACCCACAACGGACAUUGACCGCAUGCGGGUGAAGAACACCCCGCUGCGUGUGCAAUCCGUUCGCAUUGUAGAGCAGAGAAUGAAGCUCGGUCCGAAAAGACGCACCGAAAGCUGCAGCAUAUUUGGAAAUACGAGGAAUUAUGAUUGUGAAGCAGAGGAGGGAAAGACGAUAUCGGAGCCACGGCCACUUAACAAUCAAACCUAUGCAGCUUUCAAGAGUGCCAACGUUGUUAGUGUACAUAUCUCACGAAUUCGUUCAAGCAACAUUCUUUGGAACGUUCAUAUCUAACUUUGGUUUAUUAAAAAGAGCAAGCUUGAAGAAAUAGUGAUGAGUAAGAUAUAAGGUGCAUUGGCCUUCCACAAAAUGAAUAUGGUAAAAAAGUAACCACUAAUGUGUGGUUACGAAUCGGUUCAUCACACACUACAUAAAUACAUACAUCGGAAAUGCAUGGAGUUUGUUAACAAAUGCAACUACAGCAACAGCACGAUAACAUAUUACGGCGAUGGAGAGGUGAAAUUGGCCACAGCAAUCACCUGGUAUGUUUGUUGUAUUGCCGCCAAUGUGGGCAUUUGCUGUUUGGGAUUUUGGAGAGGCUUCGCCAACAACUAUUUACAUUGGGCAGCUGUGUGUACAUAGGUACUGACGAAUAUACAAGGUAUUGGCUUCACGUAUCGGGAUUCUUUGGUCUGGUACAUCCUGUUCGUGAUAUUGGUGCCGUAUGCAAUGCUGCCCUUGCCACUGAAGUGGUGCGUCGUCGGCGACACCAUCACCGCUAGUUGUCAUCUGGCCGGGCCGUAAUUACGAUAAUUAAAGUUAGACGAAAAGAAAAGAAAGAUAAUAUGGACAUGGACAAUAUGUGGUUCCGACAGGACGACGCCACAAGCCAUAUAGCGAAUGACACAAACGAUUUAUUGAAAAGCAAGUUUGGUGAACGUCUUAUCUCACGAAAAUUGGGUUCAGCGUCUAGACUUUAGCAAGCGUGCCCGUGGUGGCCAUGAAAAAGAAAUUGAGUUCAAUACAUAAUGGCAUUGAAUGUUCUUUCACAGAAACAAUUUCAUUGAUAUUUGCUUUAUUAUUAUUAUAAAAAAUUCUUAUUGAAAAACCCUUUAUAUGAGGGCUCAGGUAAUUCUUGGACCGAAUGCACUCACCUCCAAACUACAUUAUAUUCAAAAAUGUACUCUCUCUUAAUUUCACAAAGAUAUUUACCAAUAUGUGUGGUAUAGUGCCCAUGAGAUGUUUGAACCCCUAAUUUUAUGUGUAGAAGCUAGAGGAAGAUUUUAUUUUGUAGCACUGAGGCACAUUAUUAAAAGAAACAUACAUAUAUCUUCUGAAUUGUUAUAAAAUAAAUGAGAAAUUUGAAAAUAAUUCAAGUUCAAGGAAGUCUUCAUGUUCCAUAUAUGGGGUCUAUAAUUCAAUAUUGUGUUAGUAGGAAGUAUCUGUAAACCGAUUUCGCAAAUCUAUGACAUCAAAAAUUAUUGAAUUUGGUCGAGUAGUUUCUGAGAUAUAGUUUUUCAACGCCCCCACACCCAUUUUCCAUUUAAUAUAUUUUUGCAUAAGUGUUGAGAAAAGUGCUUUAAAUUACUAAAAUGAAUUUCAGAGGCAAUUUAUUGUCUUAUCCGCUUUGCACAGACUUUUCGGGAAUCCAAAUAUUUUUACAGUCAUACACCAUACACCAGCCCACCGAAGUGAUGAUGUUACACUUGAAGCAUUUACAUUUAAAUAUGGAAUGAUUAAACACUAAACAAACUAGCUGCGCUUAUCUUAAACAAUACUCGACAUUUGUACAACUUGUGUGCUGAUCUGUGCACGAGUAUGCGCAGCAGGAAUAAUUGCACUACUUUUAAGUAAUAAAAUACGGUAACGGGAGAUAUUUUUCUAAUAAUCAUCAUGGACUACUGAUGCAGUACAAAUAUAUAUGUAUCAAUGCAGCAGCAACUUGUUUGAGUUCAUAGUGCUUGUUUUUGCUUUUACACAAGGUAAGCACAACCAUAUGUUUGAAAAUUUUUAAUCCAAUACACAAACAAAAUUAAUUGUUAAACUUUUACAUGCAACCCAUAACCAAGUCAGCAUUUGGAAGAAUGUUUUGUGAGCCAUACGUUGGAGCUUUUUUAAGAGCAUUUGAUUAUAAUUCUUCAAAUUAUUUAAUUUGAUGACACUUUCAAAAGUAUUAUAUAUAUAUUAGUAUUAUAUUAUAAAUCCAAGUAUUAAAUAAAGUUUUUUAGUUAAUAAUAUAUUAAACGUAAGUAAUGUUUACAAGACUAAAGAAGAAGAAGAAGAAGAAUAAAAGUACAAUACUUUGGACGACAGGCAACUGCCAGUCUUUUGCAAAUA